AUGUCUCAGUUCAACAGUACUCAUUCAUUUUGUGUGAAUGAGGAGGAGGAAUGUCUUGAGCCAGCAAAACCAGACCUGCCAGAGCCAGCAAAACCAGACCUGCCAGAGCCAGCAAAACCAGACCUGCCAGAACCAGCAAAACCAGACCUGCCAGAGCCAGCAAAACCAGACCUGCCAGAGCCAGCAAAACCAGAUCUGCCAGAGCCAGCAAAACCAGACCUGCCAGAGCCAGCAAAACCAGACCUGCCAGAGAUAGCAACACCAGACCUGCCAGAGCCAGCAACACCAGACCUGCCAGAGCCAGCAACACAAGACCUGCCAGAGCCAGCAACACCAGACCUGCCAGAGCCAGCAACACCAGACCUGCCAGAGCCAGCAAAACCAGACCUGCCAGAGCCAGCAAAACCAGACCUGCCAUAUCCAGCAUAUCACCUCUGGUUUGCAGCUGGUUACACUUCAAAUAAAGUAAUCUCUUCUAUUGAGAAAAUCUCAAGCAACAAAGACGUUUGA